CAUUUGGAUGGGUGCAGUGUUUUUAAACAAGUGUUCAUCAAAGAUCGAUAUUUCACCAUCUGCUGUACAUCACAUACUCACUCCUGGCUGGUCGGAUAUCCCUCAUGCAUUAGCUUUACUCCAUGUAAAUAAUAAAUGAUAUAUCUUUGAUUACUACUGCAUUUUAUCUACAUUCAUUCGAUGAGUUUUCAUGAAGGUGAGACAAGGAUAAAUUUUGGCGUGAUUAAUGCGUGGGAGUGAAGUGCGUUGCAAACUAGCAUCACGAGUUAAGUUGGUGGAAAACAGCUGAUCCCGACUUGUCAAAAUGUUGGGAAAAGGUACGAGUCGGAUGCGCGAAGUCUAAAAUUAGACUGCGCGGGUUUGACGUAUCGUAAACUGGCACACAAAAAAGACGACCACGAAGUGGCGUUGCGAUGUUUACUUGGACUUGUGUUAUAUUUCGUCGUCUGCUGUUAGUUGGGCAUCGUUCAGAUGCGUUGCUCCUUUAAUUGCCAAGUCGUCUAGAGUUUUAAACGACAACUGUAAGCUUGUGUCGACGAUGUAGGUGGCACAAAAGUGACACAGUUUUACUGAACUUGCAUAACAUCUGCCAAGCAGAUGAUCCUGCAAUUUGUCAUUUUCUUGCAAGAUUUGAAAUUGAGAAAUUCUGCAUUAAUCUGCUUGACUGCGACAGAGAAGCUUUGACAGCGACAUCACUCUUGUUCUUGGACUAAACAGGAUUUGUGUUUGGAACAUACCACGGCUGUGUAAGCCUGUGUACAAUAUAACCUGUGAUAUAAUAAGAUGGAAUUUGGGGACAUGCUGACUACCCAAAACUCCACCCUACAGAAUGGAUUACCUGAAGGGAAACCAUACAAACGACCCGCAAAUCAAAGGGUUUUUGUUAAUCGAAGUCUUCAUUUAGACAAGAUUAAGUUCUAUGGAUUUGAUAUGGACUACACAUUAGCAGUGUACAAAUCACCAGCGUAUGAAUCCAUGGGGUUUGACCUGCUAAAGGAGAGAUUGUUGUUGACAGGGUAUCCUGAACAGAUCACAAAGUUCAGCUAUGACCCUUCCUUUACUGUCAGAGGGUUAUGGUUUGACAAACUCAAUGGAAAUCUGCUGAAAGUUGACAGCUAUGGGAACAUACUUGUCUGUAACCAUGGCUUCCGUUUCCUCAAGUCAUAUGAAGUGCAAGAACUUUAUCCCAACAAAUUCAUCCAGUAUGAUGAAAACCGGUGCUUUAUUCUCAACACAUUAUUUAACCUUCCAGAGACCUACAUGCUGGCAUGUCUCAUUGAGUUCUUCUCCACUUCACCAGACUACACUAAGACAAAAUCUGGGGUGCGAUCAGGGGAGGUGUUCAUGUCAUAUGAAUCCAUAUUUCAGGAUGUUAGAUCUGCUGUUGACCACCUGCAUUUUAGUGGAAAGCUUCAAGAAGUUACUCUUAGCAACAUGGAAAAAUAUGUGGAGAAAGAUCCUCGUCUUCCCGUUUUCCUGGAUAGAAUUAGAGAAUAUGGGGCAAAAACAUUCCUGCUGACAAACAGUGGCUUCACCUACACAGAUAAAGCUAUGGCAUACUUAUUGGACAUUGCUGAAGCAAAUGGAAAACCAGGUAGAAACUGGACAUCAUAUUUUGACUACAUCGUAGUUGAUGCCAGAAAGCCUCGCUUUUUCAAGGAGGGCACAAUUCUCAGAGAGGUGGACAAGUUAACAGCAGCUUUAAGUAUAGGACACCACAUUGGACCUAUGAAACCAGGGUAUGUGUACUCUGGAGGGUCCUGUGAUGUCCUGUCAGCCAUGAUGGGUGCUAAGGGUAGAGACGUCCUGUAUAUUGGAGAUCACAUAUUUGGAGACAUCCUCAAGUCCAAGAAGGAAAGGGGCUGGAGAACAUUCCUGGUUAUCCCAGAAUUAUCCCAAGAACUCAUGGUCUGGACCAAUAAAAAGGCUCUCUUUAGCAGGCUAGAAGCACUGCAUUGCUCACUGGGAAAUAUUUACAAGAACUUAGACAGCACUGUUGUAGAGAAACCAGACAUCAGUAAAGUCAAGACUUCAAUACAGGAAGCCAUCUAUGAGCUGGACAUGUCGUAUGGGAAACUGGGUAGUCUCUUCAGGACAGGAUCUCGACAGACAUUCUUUGCUUCUCAAGUGAGCCGUUAUGCAGACAUCUAUUCGGGGACAUUCCUUAACUUGUUACACUAUCCUUUGAGCUACAUGUUCAGGGCACCUGCUAUGCUGUUGCCUCACGAAGCCAGUGUGGACCGUACAGAGCAGUGGGACAGUGAGGAGGGUGCGGAGGGUGGGGAGUCCGGCCAGCGGAUGGAGGUGAAGCGGGAUUCCAGCUCCACAGAAUCCUCGGUCCCACUUUGGGGGGGCCUUUCGUGCGACCCCAGUCAUCAGCUACAGGACAACUUUGAUGACUCAGACGAGGCUGAUUCUGCCGAUGCUGAACAGGAAGUCAGCAUAGGACCAGGCAAUGGCGACCUCUGUGUGUAACCGUGAAAAUACGCUAUGUUGCUGUGUAACAUAUGCUGUGUACAUGUUGCCACGGAUACAAGGGCUGGAUGUGUAACUGUGACACUGAGUACUUGUACCUGCUGUUAUAAAAGAAACAACUAUUGUAUUAGCCAUGGAUAGAAGUCAGAUGUAUUGUCCAUGGUAAAAUGGUGAGUAACCAUAGCAACAUGGGCUGGAGUCAUAGUCUUGGAAAGAAAAUUUGAAGAGGAGUUUGACAUGUCGCCAUAGUGGACUUAAUGUUGAACUGCUGAGGCCCAUUUGAGUGCCAAUUUGAAAGCAGAUUGUUUAAAUGUAUGUUAGGUUGAGAUGUCUAAACAUUUUUUGGGGGGGGGAUGGGUAUAUCUCACACUCAAAUGAAACAUGUUCGUUUUGUUUUGUUUUUUUCUUUGCAUACUGCUGCUUGUGUCAUAUGUAAACAUUACUGAUGCUGUAUUAGAUUAUGGACUGAUAAGAAGUUUAACUUAUGUGUAUUUCAUGUUGAUGAAACCUUUUUUCCACUCUUUGGUGUAUUUUUAACAUGGUAAAGGAAUGAAUAAGUGCCUAAAAUAGUCUUUUUAACAUUUUUAUGCUUUAAAGUAAAUUCUUAAAAUGUCCUUGUAAAUAUUGUUAGACAUAUUCUAUAGUCAUUGUUUUGCAUAUAUGACAGCAUUUUAGAGGAUUUUGUCUGCAAUGUUUGGGGUAUUUGUUACAAGAUUUGACAACUUUUAAGUAUAUAUAACAGUAGUCAUCAUGAAUAUAGGUAAUAAUACAUGCUGCUACUAUGUAUUUUAUGUAAGUAAAUUAUAUGUGUAUACCGAAGAGUAGCCACCUGUCUCGUUAUCAUAGCAGGGCAGAGAACUUAACAUACUGUGUUAUAUUCAUUUCAAGAAAUUGUACAUUGCAUUAUUUUAUCAUCUUUGAUCCUUUAUCAUAGAAGACACAAAGACACCUAAACAGCACAGCUUUUGUUCUUUCUAGUGAAAAAAGACAGACAGACUUUGAUCCCACCAGCUUGCCUGUAGCUUGAUCAACAUAAGACUUAAAGCUAGAUUCCUUCCUCCAUGGUGAAGCAGAUCGAAAUUCCCACUCACUUAAUGAAUGCAGCUUUUUGAAGAGGUUGUCAUCUGGGAACCUGCAUUGUUUUCUAUGUACAUGUAGGUUCAGUGUCUUUAUGUUUCAGUGGAUGGGUAGAGUGAACAAAUGCCGUGUAGACUAAAACCAUUACUCUGUAGGGUAUCCAGAUUGCCUCUGUUCCGUUUACCACAUUGUGGUAAGCUUUUCCAGUAAGGUUGUCACCAUGUAGUACCAUUCAAUACAAACACGUAUAUAUAAAGCCACCACAUAUCAUUUUGCAUAGAGAAUCACUUACAUUUCAACUAGAUGCAUUUUCUAACAUAGACAAGUCGCACACAUUUCCUGCUGUGUCCGUAUAGAAAAAAAACCCUGGAAAAUAUCCCAUUCGGUAAGCUAAGAGAGAUGUUUUAAUCACUCAUGAUUUCUACAUUGUAUAUACUCACAGUUGGUAAAUAUGUCUUUAAGUAACUUCAGUCCCCUGUGUAUGUUCGUGUAAAAAUGAUUUUACGUGCACAAUGGUGACUGUGCACAUUAUUGAUAACUCCGGCUUGUUUGUUUUUUAAAUGUAAUAUAUAUAUGUAUGUGAGGAAGAAGUUUAUGUCAGUCUUAAUAGUAGAAUGUAGGUAAAUUUUAUAUGGAUGAAAAAAGUUUAAUACCUAUUACACUGUUACAUUAGGAAAGCUCUGGUGCUAAUAUCUUGUAUGGAUUUAUGCUUGCACACGACUAUAGGUAAUGUGAUUUAUUAUGUCUUUUAGUGUUGACAUGAACCGAUGUGUGUGAGAAAUCAAAACCCGUGAUGAGCAAAUCCUUUUCAUUGAAACAUUCUCACUUCUGUGAAACAUAGUUCAUUUCUUCACUUACCGUAUGGUAUAUGGCUACAUGUGUAGGCACCCAGAUGACUUAAAAUGGUAAAACGCUUACCAUAGUUCCUACCAGUAAUACAAUAUGUGUAAAAUAUGUCUAGUAAAUUAUAUCGUGAAACCUAUGCAAUUAUAUGUACCCUUUUUCUUUUUUUAUUACUUUUUUUUAAGAAACUGUUCCUAUCAGAUCAAAUGUCUGCAUUUAUCUUUGUUUUGAAAUUUUUCUCCAUGGUUGUGUAAUACAUGUUUGUCCAAGCAAAAAGUUAACAUGUGGCAAAUUUUUGUUUUCAUUUUUGUUUGUUCAGUGAUUUUUUUUUUAAGUUUAUUUUUGGUUGAUUUUUUGACUUUCUGGCUAUUAUUGAUGAAGGUGUCUUCUGUUUUGUAUAAAUGGUAAUUUGGUUAUCUUGGUGAUCAGUUUAUAGUUUAUUAUGCGCAGGUAACACACAUUUUGCCUACA